CUCGAUCUAAUUCUUACUGUUACGAGUCUACUGGACAUGCACACGCUGCUCCCGCUGCGCCGUCACUCGCAGGUGACAUCCUGUGUGUGUGCAUUCAAUGCGUUUCAGCAUGGUAACAAUCGUGUCUCCAGCCAAUGACCGAUGUCUCUCCGCAUAGCCACGGUGAAAGCACGACUCAUUUAGGGCGAGCCUUGGCGUUUGUGAAAAUGCGGCCAGCACAUAAUAAUAGAGAUAAAGCUCAACAUGGGAUCUCCGCGGAUAGGCCUUCGUCUCUGCCUCAACUGCGAACGAUGCUCAUCUGAACGAAUUGCCACACUCCGGUGCGAAUACUUAAUUCAUCUGGAUCAAUAGCUUCCUUGUGUCGGAUGGGCUGAUAACCCUGGAUCCGUGUCGGCACUGCCGCUGACUGGAGGGUACGCAUCAUGGUCUUAGAUCAUGAAGAGACGAGCUUCUGUUCCUCCCGUCGGGGGUUAUGAAAAAGAGGGACACGAACAAGCUUAGUUGCUACAGGAACCUUCAGAAAGCUGUGUGAAAGAUUACCCUUUGAUUGAACAGCGCCCAGAUGGGUUCUACCGUGCGAGCCCUGUAGGCUACUUCGCAAACGCUCGGUCGCUGAGCCCCACUGGCCGAGAAACAGGCGCCUCUUGGCAGAGGCCGAUCGACUCUAAGCAGUCUCUCAGGAACAUAGGUCUCGUGUACGGCAUACCUCGCAACCGGAUGGAUCGCCCUUCUGCUUCCCUCGGCCCAGUUAGUCUAUAUACCGUCUCCAUCAGCCACUUCUUCAAGUCGCCGCCCGCCCACAGCUCGCUAACAUGGUGUACGGACACUACGACUCGGAUCCAAUCGCGAAAGCGCUCGCUCCACCUGCAAACGAAACCGCCGAACAAGCACAAAUUCGCCUGCGGGCAGAAGCAAUAGCUAUAGAGAGAAGCCGGAGCAUCGAUGAGGCGCUUGAGAAAGCGGGGAAAAAAUUGAUUGAGCAGAGGAACGGCGUGCUGAAGAUGCUUUUAUUGGGGCAAAGUGGGAGCGGUAAGACAACAGUGCUGAAGAACAUACGCAUGAUGGAGGUCCCGUCUCAGUGGAACGAGGAGCGCCCCCUAUGGCGUGCUGUUAUUCUACUCAACCUACUUCUAGCCGUCAACCUGGUAGUGCAAGCUCUUCAGGACGCGAUCGUCGACCCAGAGGAGGAAAUAGAGCAUAUCCCACUACUACCGACUUGCUUCCACGUACCUAAUCCCACAAAGUCGCGUACCAGCACCUCAGACGAUUUCGAUCCCAUCGUCUCCAAUUCAUCCACCACUUCUUUGGUCCCGCCCGCGCCUAAAUUCGCUUACGACCACCACACACUAAAGUUAAAGUUAGGGCCAUUGAAAACCCUCAUCGAGGACCUGGAGGAGAUCCUUCACGGCUCUCGGCAGUUCAAUACGAACAAUAAUCAG